AUGGCUAGCAAGAGGACUAAGAUUCGCAUUCCAAAUAGACUCGGCAAUUUUGAAGAGAGUGCGGAGAGCUUGUUGAGUUCCUUAGGUCAAGCAAUCGAUGAAAUUUGCUUAGAACACUACCCUAGGCUGUCAUUUGAGCAUCUUUACAGACUUGUUUACACUCUUACUCUGAGAAAAAAGGGCCCUGAGGUCUUUGAGGUAGUGGAGCUUCACAUUGGGAAGAUACUCGAUCAAAGAAGGAAGGAUCUGGAAUAUUACAAGGGCAAGGGCUAUGAACUUUUGGACGCUCUAUGCGUGGAAUGGGAGAAAGAAUGCGUUCAUUUCAAGCUAUUGAGUGAUGUUAUGAUCUAUAUGGAUAAAGUUUACUGCAAACAGGAGAUGAAGCCCGAGACUUAUGACUUCGCAAUGCGGUUGUUCAAGGAAAGAAUCGUACUGCCACUAUCGGCGUCGAUUGAUGAGGCGAUGAUUCAAGAGUUUAACAAUAUUCGUCUCAAGCAGUCGCUGGAUGGACCCAAUGCCCACCUCUGUAAGGAAUUAGUGGGCAUAAUGGAAACUUUGGCUGAGGAAAAAGAUAAUUACUUCGUUAAUCAUUUCGAACCGCUGCUCUUGGCAGAGACUGAGAAAUACUAUCAGUCUGUGCUGAAGAAUAAAAAUCUGGACUCGGUGGCACGUUUAGAAUACAUGAAGAAACUUAGGAACUUUGAAUAUGAGCUCGAUUCGAAGGUCCUGAACAACGAUAGCACAAUCAAGAUUAUCGCGAUGCUAGAUAAAGUGCUGCUGUGGAAUCCCGACUUCCUCAAUGACAAGCCAACUUUAGUACGCUUAGCUAUAGAUACCAAUGGUAUUGAGUUGAUGAAGGAACUGUGUCAGCUUUCGGAUGACAGCGAAUAUGCGAAGAGACUUACGGAAGCGGUUAAGAAAUGCCUGCGAGACGAUGCGAACUCAUUGAAUCUUGAUAUGAAUUCUAAGAAAAGAACUCAGGCGGCUGCUAAAUGGACCGCAAGCCUCAUUGAAUUGUACGAUAGAUACGACAGAUUCUUGAGGGAAGUGGGAUUUUCCCCCGACAUUCUGGACCCCGAGAGCUCCAAAGAUCCCUACCAUAGUGCAGGACUGUUAGACAACGUGUUUUCGGAAUUUUUGAACCAGCAAGGUAAGCAGGCUACCGAUGCUAUAACCUUAUAUUUGGACGUACUCCUUAAGAUGACACAGCCGAAGCGUGAGAUUGAGAGAGUCAAAAAUGAUCUAGAGGCAUCUGUCAAGCUGUUCAAGUUGUUAUCCGAAAAGGACCUUUUCGUCAAUGCUUAUAAGCAACAGAUGUCGAGAAGGUUGCUGCAACAUAGAUCUAUGAUCGAAGUAGAAAGAUGGAUGGUGAAGCGCAUCAAAGAUGAGCUGGGAGUCUUUUUCACUUCUAAGCUAGAUGGUAUGCUCCGGGACAUAGGCGUCUCGAAUGAAAUUUCUCGCGCUUUUAAGAACAGUAUAGAUGAAGAUCGUUGGCCAAAUGCGCUUGAUUUUAGGCCUCAAGUUCUGACAGUGACCUCUUGGUCUUUCCAGGCCCCAAGUGCUUCUGAGAAUGAUAUCAUCCUACCAAUCCAGUUGGAACAAUUGAAAUUAGACUUUGAAUCUUAUUACGCUAAGAAAUACAGUGAAAGGACUUUACAGUGGGCUCAUAACUUGGGUUAUAUCGAACUAGGGCUUCAAUUUGAUGAAUCUUAUCAUGACAUUAGCAUGCCGAUUCCGGCGGCCGUUAUCUGUCUCUUAUUCGAUAAGUUUGACCAGCUUACGCUGGAAAUGAUGGAAGAACAAACAAGAAUACCCGAGCAAGAGCUUUUGAAGCAUCUGGUGUCCCUUACGCUCGUACCGAAAUCUCGUAUACUGAGGAAGAAGCCCAGUUCGCGCAGCAUUUCCCGCAAUGAUAAGUUUACAAUCAAUUACUCGUUUACGGCGCCAACCAGGAAAGUCAAAGUUCAGCCAGUUGCAAGCAUACUUCCGCCAUCAAGGUCCGACUCGAAUGUGGAUCUCGUCCAAGAUUCUUUAAAACGCGAAAGAUUGAAUGAAACUAACGCUGCAAUUGUGCGGCUCCUUAAGUCUCACCAACGCCUUUCGCACAACGACCUUGCGAGCUUAGUCGCAGAAGAAGUCAAGAACCGCUUCCCCAUGAGCAGUUCGCUUUUCAAGAAAAGUAUGAAUUAUCUAAUGGAGAAAGAAUAUGUCCAACGGGAUCCGGAAAACCUAUCUAUAUACCACUACAUUUCCUAA